AUGUGUAUUGCCAGAGAAAAUACAAGCAACACCGUACCUCACAAUUGUUUCGAGCCGAUCGGUCACACCGUUGUCAAUAAUAACGUUGGAAACUGUGAAACCAGUCAAAAUGUUCAAUCAAACGAACCCCAAUCAGGGAAGCAACCUCCUGGUGAGCAGAGCACACAAUUUGCUGCAUUCAUCCCUCCCGGAGGUACAAUCGCCAGUGCCUUCAACAUCGCAGCGACAACGCUGGGCGCUGGCAUCUUUGGCUUGCCGUCAUCGGCCGGCAGCAGUGGACUUAUCAUGGGAAUGUUUUACCUCUUUUUUAUUAGUUGCAUGACUAUCUAUUCCAUGCGUAAUCUCGCCCUCGCAGCGGACCGCUCCAAAGCACCCACAUAUGAAAGCGUAACAUUUGUCCUCAUGGGUCGUAGAGUUGCUUAUGCCAUUGCUGUUCUUCGAGCGCUUGAUGGUUUUACGAGUUGUGUUGCCUACGUAAUUUCAGUGGGAGAUAUUUUGUCUGCCAUUUUGAAAGGCACAAAUGCGCCGGACUUCCUGAAGGAAAAAUCAGGUAAUCGUCUUCUCACGGCGGUGGUUUGGGCAUGUUUUAUGCUUCCACUGGCGAUCCCGCGUCACGUCGACUCCCUUCGGUACGUCUCCACUUUUGCCGUUACCUUCAUGGUGUAUUUUGUCAUUGUGAUCGUUGUGCACUCGUGCAUGAAUGGCUUGUCGGAGAAUAUAAAGAAUGUUAGUGUUGGAAAGAGUGAUACAGCUGCCAUCAUUCUCUUUAAUAGCGGGAAUGAAGCCAUUGAAGGGUUGGGAGUAUUUAUGUUUUCCUACACUUGUCAGGACACGGCGUAUGAAGUUUAUAUUGACAUGAAGGAUCGUUCAGUACGUAAGUUUGUUAUUGCGGCCAUCAUUGCCAUGUCCCUGUGUACUGCGCUGUACAUAAUCACUGCCUUUUUCGGUUACAUGGACUUUGGUCGUGCUGUUUCCGGUUCUAUUUUGCUUAUGUACGACCCCGUAAAGGAGCCGGCUGUAAUGGUUGGUAUGAUUGGCGUGCUUGUAAAGCUGGUUGCUUCGUAUGCGCUGCUCGCUAUGGCGUGUCGUAAUGCAUUGUACAGCAUUGCAGAGAAGAAUGUGGAUUCUCUACCCUUUUGGAAGCAUUGCGUGUCAGUCAUCGUGCUGUCCACUGCUGCACUGCUUUUGGGUCUAUUCAUUCCCAAUGUUAAUACCGUCCUUGGUUUUUCUGGCUCGAUUACCGGUGGUUCACUGGGUUUCGUCUUCCCCGCGUUGUUGAUUAUGUACUCAGGGGGCUUCACAUGGCAGAAAGUUGGGUCUUUACAUUAUCUUGCGACAUAUGUUUUACUAAUUUGUGGUGUUGUAGGCAUUGUUUUCGGCACGGGUGCAAGUAUAUGGGGCACUAUAACUGGUUAA